AUGGCCUCCCAUCAUCCACACGGUCAGGGGGACCGUUCUUCUUGCUCGGAACGUCGUAAUUUUUUUGAAGGUGACGAAGAGACUGACACCGCCUCCCAGGUUGACGACAAGACUGACACCGCCUCCGAGGUUGACGACGAGGUGAACGUGGUGGACCUCUCUUCCGAAGGGGAAAACGACCUGGUCAGUUCGAUGGAUCUAUUACGUCGAAAGUUGGCCAUGUCAUCGCUCCCACCGUCGUCGUCGUCGUCGUCAUUCUCAUUAGCAAAAUCAAUGGCCAAGAUGGAGAUGACUCCGCCGGGGAAGAAGAUGGCGAAGAAAUCUACGCCCACGACGAAAACUACCCCCUCCAAGAAACCUACCCCCACUAAGAAACUUACCCCCUCGAAGAAAUCAACCCCCACGUCGAGUAGUAAGAAGAAGCGACAUCAAAGUGAGGGUGGAAGUGGAAGUGGACGAAAGGUUUCGACCAAGGGGAAGAGCGAGAGUGACGACGACGACUGGGAUCGACAAUGUCUCGGCUUGGAUUGCAUCGAGAGUGCGCGACCAGGGUCAAAAUAUUGCAGUCAGACGUGUUGUAUUGAACUGAUGACGCACAGAUUGCAUGAGUUCAUGCCAUUAAAACUCAAAGCUAUGAAAGCAAGCAAAAAGGGCGUCGCUAUUCUCCGCGAUCGGGACAAGUUGCGCGAACUGCGAGGAAAGAUUGAGGCGCAGAGAGAAGUUCUUAGCAGCUUGGAAAAGAAGAGGCUCCGACUCGAGGAGUACAUCUUGGCCGUGGAACAACUUCCGUUUGAAGGUAACCCCCCUGAUUCUCCGGUCCCGGUGGAGGAGGGGUCGAUGGACUGUGUCUCGUGCGGGAAGCAUGUCAAAGUGAACAAGUUGAUGGAAUCCAAGCAUGAAUUGGUCUCUUACAAGCUUCCCUUCAAACCGAGUUGCUCCCAGUUACCGAUCUUCUUCGACUUCUACGACCCCAGGGCGGGCACGUACUGUCGCAAGUACGCCUCGCUCUGCAUCCUCCACGAGGUCAAGAGGAUCAAGAAGCACAAAAAUGACGCCGCUCUCAAUCCGGCCAAAAUCAUGUGCGGAUUUCCUUCCAAGAUCGAGCACCCUUCGGUAAAGGAUGAAAUGUGUCGCUACAAUCGGGCCAAGUGUAACAAGCAUUUUCAAUGGGAGCGCGUCCAACGAGCUGCCAUCGAUGUGGAGCGGGAUCUGCAGUGGUCCAAGCUGGACACCCUUGUCCAAGAGGAAGGUCGAGUCCGGGCCGCGAUGCGGCAACGAGGUCAAGGCGUCGUGGGAAUGAUGCUCCACUCAACAAUUGCCCACGACUCGAGCUAUGUUCCGCACCAAGUUGUCGAACUUUUGGCCAAAGAGGAUGCGUAUUUCAAGGACAUCGAGAAAAAGAGGGAAACUGAGGCGGUCAAGAAAUCUGAUGCGACCAAAACGGCCGAGGAAAAUGUAGUCGUGGACGCGUCUUUCAAGGACAUCGAGAACAAGGGACAAACUGCUGAGUCGGUCAAGCAAUCUGAUGUGGUCAACAUGGGCGAGGACAAUGUAGUUGCGCAUCAUGACGAAGUGAAAUGUGACCAAGAACACGAGAUCAUCACGAUCGAUUGA